AUGGUUACUGAGCUUCUGAAGUCAGGAAGACACAACAUCACAGCCAUCUCCAGAGUCGAUAGCCAAUCAAAGCUACCUAAUGGCAUCAAAUUCAAGCACAUCGACUACGACAAGCACGACACAAUCGUCGAAGCCUUUCGUGGCCAAGAUGUUCUCAUCAUUACUCUGAGCAUCGCAAGGCCCAAGGAUACUGCGUACAAGCUCAUUCGAGCUGCUUUGGAAGCUGGAGUACCCUGGAUCCUGCCCAAUGACUGGGCUCCCGACACAGCCGAUGAAGAUCUGGUGAAGGAUGUGCCGGCAUUCCAGGAGGCGCCAGAAAUAAGGAAGAUAAUCAAGGAGGACAGUUGUUCGUCUUACAUCUCUGUCCUUACCGGCUUCUGGUAUGAGUGGUCUUUGGCCAUUCCAGCAGCGUUCGGAAUAGACUUGGUGAAGCACGAAGCCACACUUUUCGACGAGGGUGAAACCAAGAUCUCAAUUUCCACCUGGCCUCAAGUCGGGCGUGCUGUUGCUGCUCUUCUUAGCCUUCCCAUCAAGGCCGAGAGAUCCAGGAAAGGGCUUGAAGAUUACAGAGAUCAGAUCGUGUAUGUGAGCUCCUUCACUGUCAGUCAGAAGCAGAUGUUGGAAUCUGCUUUCCGUGUCACAGGCACCAAAGCGAGUGACUGGAACAUUACGGAAGAGUGUGCCCAAAAGCGACAUGAGGAUGGGUGUUUUAUGAUGAUGGGAACGGCGAUUUCGAGAGUAGGAGAGAACGAGUUUCCGCUCUUUUCACAUACUGGUGAUGUUGAGAUCUUGAUCAAGAGCGAGAGCGGCAGGAAGGAGAAUAGAUACAUUCUGCACAAGCUUAUUCUCAGCCAAUGCUCCGGCUUCUUCGCCGCAGCGACAAGUGCAGAGUGGAGCGCAAGAGCGAUCGAGGCAGGUGCGACAGGCGGUAGCAGCGUAGUGGGCGGAGGCUUGUCGCGCAUCAAUGAGAAUGAGAGUGUGACGGCGGGCAGUAGCUCAAGAGCGAGCAGCCAGGACAGACGACCUUCGUAUGAGCUGGGCAGAAGGAGAUGGCAUUUCGAGCUGGACUGGCAGGCAGCGGGAGAUGAAGACAUGCCGAUGCUGGUACAGAAGGAAAGCACCACUACGUCGAUCUUUGGCAGUGACGGCUUUGGCGCUCCUCCAGCUGUGAGAAACAAACCGCCGACUUCGAACGAUGCCUUCUUCCGCAGUGUCUCGAACUUUUCCAGCCUCAACCUCAACGAACGCAAUCAGCCCAGCACGCCUGCAGAAGCCGGUGAUGAAGUGCUCAAGGAUUACGACAACCUCUUCAGAUCGAUGUAUCAGUACAAUCCAGUCUUGGAUACUGUCAACAUUGCGACAGCUUAUACCGGGUGCAAAGCAUUGCUGAACUUGGCGGACAUGUACGAUGCACUAGGCAUUGUGGGCAGUCGCGUGGAUCACCACUUACUGCGCUUUGGUGCGAGGCUGUUCAAGCAGAUCGCGAAAUACCCUCCCUCGUAUCUCAAGCUCGGAUAUCUGGCACGUUCGCGGACAAUCUUCACGGAGUCGUUGAUCCACGUCGUUGGGCAGUGGCCUGCUGCUGCACCACAGCUACGAGGACAGGUAGAAACGAACAUCAUGGAGUUGCUUGAGGAUAAAGUGGACGAGCUACGUGAGAACGAAGAGCGCGUUGAGUCGAAGCUGUGGCGGCUCAAUCUGACAACGAGUAGAGGAGAACGAGUGACGCCCAGCAAUGACUUCUUGAGCUGGAUGGCCAUCUCACUGUUCCGCCAGUGGCUUGCUGAGAAUACAACUCCGGGCACGGCCGGCAUCUUGAAAGACAGCUCGCGUCCAGGCACCGGUACAGCUCAGCAGACAACACGGGCAGCCAGCCGAAGCAGUCAUCAUAUCGCGUCUCAGCGCGUCCAAGCACCACCGCUACAACAACCUUCAGCUGCUGCAACGCCUAUCAAUGCAGGUCGGAUAUAUCGACUCAUAGGCUCCAACGAUUCUUCCUCCUACCUGAAUCGUGACGAGCUGAAGAGAUUCCUCAAAUCACCUUCAGGCCAGCUAGGCGUCGACCUAUACACACGCGACAACCUCAAACGAUUCGAGCGAAGGGUGGAGGAAAUCAAGAACCUGGCGCGAGAUGUGGUGAAGCCAUUGAUGCGAAACUUCCUCGAGCUGGAUCUCCGGGACUUUGGACCAGCAGGACUGGGCUAUCUGACAUGUACAAGACUUGAAGGCAGAGAUUUGCCGUGGGAUGAAUGA